CCCACUCUCAUGCUCCAUAAAGUGUACAUGGACUUACUUUUAUUCAGAGACUAAGCUGACUUUUACCGCAUGUAGGGUAUUGUGGUCAUGGACGUGCGUAAACUGGACGCUUGUUUGUCUCUCCGAAGAUGGAGAAAGGAAAAACAGAAAAUACUUUGGGAUUAGCUGACACUCGGACACAGGAUGUGUGUGUGUGUGUGAGCUGAGGCAGUGAUGGAGAUCAGGCCAAACUGCAGCACUCACUGUGACUCUGCGUCCUGCUUCAUCCAUCCUGCAGUCAACAAGCAGCAGAGCUGGGACAUCCUGCUGAGACUCUGCACUCUUUCUACGAGGGUGGUGGAGGUGCAGAGCAGGUCUCUCUCUCCGGUUCUGUGCGCUGUAGUGUGGACGCUGCUUUCCUGUGGGAUCCUGCUGUCCUUCCUCUUCCUCCUUUUCACCGUCCGCUACAAAAACAACAGGAUCGUGAAGAUGUCGAGCCCCAACCUGAACAUGCUGACUCUGUUAGGGAGCGUGCUGACGUACACCAGUGGCUUCCUGUUUGCUAUAGAGGACAGAUCACCUGUACAGGGAGCAGGCCCGAAAGCUGUCAUGCAGGCGUGGGUCUGGACGCUGUGUAUCGGCAGCUCUUUGGUGUUUGGACCCAUCCUGGGGAAAACAUGGCGUCUCUACAGGGUCUUUACUCAGCGUUUACCUGACAGGAGAGUGAUCAUCCGUGAUAUUCGGUUGAUGGGUUUUGUGGCACUGUUGGUCUUGGUGGAUUUGCUGAUUCUGGCGGCGUGGAGCCUCACCGACCCUGUGAAGUGUUUCCGAUCAGUCAGCGCUCUGGUCAAGGUGGUAGAGUUUGAUGUGCGUUACUCCUUGUCUCAGACGGACUCCUGCUCCUCUCACUACUCCGAGCUGUGGGUUCUCCUCCUCUGUGCACUCAAGGCCGGUCUGCUGGUGUAUGGCAUGUACCUAGCUGGACUGACCAGUAGCGUUAGCCUGCCUCCAGUCAACCAAUCCCUGACCAUCAUGACCGCUGUCUAUCUGGUCACUGCAUCCACCGCUCUGGCCGUCCCCGUCUCUCUCUAUCUGCGCUCAUGGCCCAACCUGGUCUACAGCAUGCUCUCUGGAACCAUCUUCAUCUGCACCACUGCCAUUAACUGCCUUAUAUUUGUGCCCCAGUUGACCCAGUGGAGACAGUUUGAAGAGGAUGUGAACCCUCAGCCCAGCCAUAUGGCCAAGUACUUCAGCAGCAAGAGCCUGCGCUCCAGCGAGAACGACAUCUACUACCUGCUCGGAGAAUACGACUCCAUGAAGAGGUUAAUCAGUGAGAAAGAUGCAGUAAUAAACAGCCUCCAGGAGCAAGUGAAGAACGCCAAGGACAAACUGCUGAAGUUGAUGUCUGUGGGCCACCUGCAGGACGAAAGAGAAAUGGACUCUUCCACCACAAACCUCAAUUCCUCCUCCACCCAGACUACAGUGGUACCUCCUGAGCCUCCUGCUUCUCCUCUCCCCAUGAGAGAGGUUACUCCACCUGCUGCUCUCUCCACUCCACCAUAUGUGCCUCCUCCAUCAAUUCCAUCUUCACCUCCUUCACUCUCCUCUUAUGAAACACCUCCUUCUUCACAGAACACAGAGUCUUCACCCUAUUUCUCUCCUCACAGUCCAGACAGGGCUCCACAGAACUCCCAAGUAAGCCACUUGAAACUUGAAAAUGCAGGUUUGACCAAAGAAUCGCAGCCCAAACGGAACUUUAAGAGCACAUCUGUCAGCGUCGAACCUUCUGAAGUAAUGAACAUGCCUUUAGAUUCACCUGUAAACCUGAUUACGUUGCAUGAGUCCACAUCUCCGGCUUGGUCCGGUCCACCUCCAGAUGCAGCAGGUUCAGUGGUAGAGUCCAUUGUGCCUUCAGUGGUGGGUCGCCAGGGUUUUGUGAGCAGCGAACAGCUGGAGGAGAUUCUGCACGAUUUGAGUGUGGAUGCCAUAAGCAGCUCACUCAGAUCGCCAGACGGAGUGAGAAGACCAUCGUAUCCUGCCAAUCCUGCUGGAGUGAGAAGACCAUCGAAUCCUGCCAGUCCUGCUGGAGUGAGAAGACCAUCGAAGACGAUUUUCUCAUCCCGGUCAACUCUGCAGUUGUACUUUCCAAGCAUCUCACCAUACAUGAUGCGAAAACGCAGACCUCCAUUCCAUGCGUGCAGAAAGGGUCCUCCUCCAUACUACUACCCAGGCUCAGCGCCCCCUGGCUGUAGGAGGACACGUGAACUAAAACCAGCUUCCAGCACUUCUUUGACGCACAAGGAAUUGCAUAAUACGGAAAAAGAGGGAAAUGAGGGCGAGAAAGAGGAUGAAAGCUCUAGGACAUGGUUUGACUCAAAUACCCAAUCACGCUCAGGCAGGAGGAGAUCGAGACGCACCCCUCGAGACUGUUCUUCUAUAGAACAGCCCUCAGGUUCUUUAGCAGGGCUUGAGAGGACCGGAGCUACUGAUUCGUAUGGAUAUUCAGACUCGGAGUCCAGCAGCUCAGAGGAUUACUGCUACUACCACCGGCCAUACUGUGAAGCCUGCAUGCACAGUCCUUAUGCCUCCAGUGACAGCAGCAGCUCAGAGACGUCUGACAGCGAGUACACAGAGCUGGAUCACUCCUCACAUCCUGUGGUCAACUUCAAAGAGGACCUCAAACCCACAUUUGUUUGAAUAGAGGAGGUCGAAUGAGACAUGGGGAUCCAAAAGGAUCAGACUGCAAUAAAACAGGGCACUAAA